AUGAGUGAGCGCCCGGGCAGCAGCAGCGCCUCAGCCUCUGCGGCUGUGGGGGCUUCUGACGCCCCGGCGCAUCCCUGUGCAUUAUCACCAUCGGCAGCAGCAGCAGCAGCAGCGGGGGCGCCUGCUGCAGCGGCAGCUGCUGCUGCUGCUGCACCCACUGGAGAAGCAGAAGAGGCCUGGCACUACGUGCUGCGGGGCCCCCGAAGUGCCUUCUGUGUUGCAGUUUGCUUCAGGGGGCCCCCUGAGGUUCUUAUACGUGAGUAUGAGCACCUGGGCUGCCCCUGGGGGAUAUCUCGGGGGGCCCCGGUGCCUCUGAGUGCUGCUGCUGCUGCUGCAGGAGCGGCUGCAGUGCCACGGGAACCAGCAGCAGCAACGCCAGCAGCAGCCGGAUCAGUGGCAGCAGCAGCAACGGCAGCAGCAAAUUGUCUCGAUGAAAUUCGGGGACUCAGCAGGGCCCCCUACCUCUUUUCCUGGGCAGCAGAUGGCUGCUGCUGCUGCUGCUGCUGCAGCCAGAGGCCAGCCAACGAAGCUUGCCUUGGAGCUGCUGCUAGCUUAACACGGGCGCCCUCAGCAGCUGCUGCUGCUGCGCUGCUGCUGCUGGGGCCCACGUCUUCGCCGCUGGGGCCCCAAACGCGGCUGCUGCUCUUGAAGCUGCCGCAGCAGCAGCAGCAGCCGCAGCAGGUGGCACCAAGAGGCCGGGAGGCGGUGCAGAUGACUCUGUUUCCUGUUCGCCUGCUAACAGGCCAACAGUGCAGCAGCAACUGUGCUGCAGCAGCCACUGCUCCAAGCCAGGCCAGCAGCAGCAGCCGCUGCGGCAGCCACUGCAGCGGCAACGGCAGCAGCAGCAGCAGCAGCAACCCUACAGUUGUUGACGCGAAGGAAUUUGUUGGAUGGUCCGCUGUGGCGUGCGGAGGCCGUCGGGGGGAGCCUUCGGAGCUAGGUGGAGCAGCAGCAGCAACAGCAGCAGCAGCAGCAGCAGCAGCAGGAUCAACAGCAACAAGAGCUGCUGAGGCUCUUAUAAACGGAAGUCCUUUUAUACUUCUGUUUGGAGGCCAGUGGAGGGAUCCUUUGGGCCGGUGGUUUUUCAACACUGCUGCUUUGCUGUUGCUGCCAAUACCUCCAAGUCAGCCACAGCGAACUGCAGCAGCAGCAGCAGCAGCAGAAGGGGCAACAGCAGCAGCAGCAGGGGCAGGAGCACUUGCUGCUGACGCAGGCACUGCUGGCGGUGCCCUUGCUGCUGCUGCAGGAGAUCGCGAGGCGGAAUCAGCAGUAGCAGCGGCAGCAGCAACAGCAGCAGCAGCGGGGGAUUGUAAGGAAAGUUGCGGUCAAGGCGAAUGGACUUUGGUGGAGUUGAGCAGCAGCGCAGGCAGCAAAGUGCUGCAGCGGUCUGCUGCUGCUGCUGCUGCUGUCCGCGUCAGCAACACUGCAGAGCUGCUGCUGGUGAAUGGCGGCAGCAUCAUCGGGCAGCAGCAGCAGCAGCAGCAGCAGCGCAGCAGCUCGAAGUUCAACCAAAACGUGCAGUGUGAGCUCACAGACUCAACUGUUGCUUUGCUGCUCUCCCCACAAAGCGUCACUGACGCAGCAGCAGCAGCAGCAGCAACAGCAGCAGCAACCACACAAUCUGUGGGUUCACUGCCUCUCCUGGACAUUCAGAAGCUGCAGGGGCUUAUUGCUGGACCUUCACCCUGCGCGCGCAUGGGCUGCUGCUGCUGUUUUGUUUCCGCGAUGAGGCUGUAA